AUGUCUGCUGCUGGAACGUUGAACACACGACAUUUAUACCCCGACUCUGUUUAUGACUCCAUACCUGAGAGGAUGGCUUGGGAAGAUGACUUUCUCCCGUAUCUCUCAUGUGCUACCGUUUCUGGUGUUGCUUACUACUAUGGAGGCAAUAUCACCAUCUUUUCUCACUACCAGAUGAUUUCUAAGUGCCCCUCCUAUGUCCUUGCCCAUAGCGUAAUCCGCACCAAGUGUGAGAACCCGCAGAAACCCGACGAAGAAUUGUACACACCCGUUACUGUUGAAAGCAUCGGUCACUUUAGGAAUUUGUAUUGUGCAUUGUGUCACGACAUUUCUACCGGUAUCGAGUUUUGGAGUUGGAAAUGGGACUGUGAUCUUGGUAUUAUUGGUAGCAGUAGUGAUUCGAAUGGAAAACAAACCCAAUACACAGAAAAAGAACUGAUAGAAAACUUCUGCUCUAAACAACUCAGGCCGUCAGAAGAUAUACCAAAUGAUAUGUACGCUCGGCAUUGUUAUUCUGGAGUAGAUGUGACUUCGUGUUCUUCAGAACCUACGAAGUGUCCAUCAUACCUUGCACCUAUAGUACACAAUGGUACCAUCUACCAGAAUCUACACUGUGCUUAUUGCAAUGGCAUUGACGUAUGUGCAGACUAUUGGGAAUUGUGCAAAUCGGUCAAAUAUGAUGGCGCAUUAAUAUACACAGUGAGUGCGGCGAUUGCAUUUGCAGAAUUCUUUAACUUUAUCGACAGAAACCAGGAAUUGGCAUGUGCUGAAAAUGAAGCCUUUGACCCACUGUCAAGCAAAUGUCAAUUGCUCUUUUGCUUCAUAGGAUUUGAAUACAACACGACAACAAAGCAGUGUGAACGUCUACCGGUAGAUGAGAGAGGAGGGCUGUGCGUUACGUUCUAUUCUCUCCAGGAUGAAGUGAAUAUGACAUCAUUGGACACUGACUACCUUCUGGCAACGGUAAAUAAUGUCCUCAUUCAGUCGCCACUGGACACACUGACGUCCCUUUCCGUUGUGUCAGUGCCUGAAAUUUCCUGUAUCCCCACUGGUGAUUCGGAAAAUGACUCUCGUCAGUCAAUAUGUCAAGUGUGCUUUGACACUGAAAUGAACUUUACUACACUACCCCAAACGUCUUUGGAGUUCUAUCAGGGUACUGCAGGUAUCAUAACCAACGUAACGUCCACUUUGUAUAUGCCUUCAUUCGGGAACCUGUCGAUGAUAGAAAUGCUUAUUGAUGUUCCUGCAGGAUGGGACUGUGAGUCCCACAACUCCUGGACAUUUUCAGAUUAUGGCAAACCCACCCUGCUACCAUUCCGAAUUAACUUUACCAGAGAAAGGGCAGUUUAUAUCAUGAGUGUCUCCAGCAUCGGUGACGUUUGCACAGGCAACACCACCAGACUUGCUUGUGACACAUAUGUCAAACUAGAUGCGGGUCAGUUUGAGAUUGUGAAAAAUCAGUCACAAGUAUUUCUCCAUUUCACCGGCAAGGAUACAGUCCUGUUAGAUGAUGAGUUUCAAAUAGGUCAAGAUGGUUCAGCUCUUUACUGCCUAAAAGUUCCUGCUUAUGAAGAACGUAAUUUACCUCCUGGCCUGGACACUAUGAACACCAUAGGAAAUGCACUGUCUGUUGUUUCAGUACUGAUCAUCAUAACAACUUAUGCCAUCUUUCCUGAACUUCUUAACUUGGCUGGGAAAUCGGUCCUUACCUUAUCUGUUGCCCUCUUACUCACAUUUUUAUUAGUGUUUGUGAGUGGAGUGAGCACGGAACAUGGUGGCUUCUGUAAAGCAGUGGCAGCCAUUACCCAUUUCUUCUGGCUCGCUAUCUUCUUCUGGAUGAAUGCCCUUGCCAUAGAUCUAAAUCGCACAUUUGGCACCCGUGUCAAGAUUAGAAUUGCCAGUAAAUCUCAGAGAUUCUACGUUUGGUACUCCCUCUAUGCCUGGGGCGUACCAGCUUUGAUCGUAGGUGCUUGUCUGGUCAUUGACCUUUGUGGCUGUACUAAUAUGCGAUUCAGCUACGGCAAUGAUGAGCUUUGCUGGUUGUCCAGUGGCGAUGCAAAUCUGUAUGCCUUUGGUGUGCCUCUGUUAGUACUUCUGUUCCUGAAUGCGAUCUUGUUCAUAGACACGGUGGUUGGAAUCAGACUUACCAAGAAGGCCUCAGAGAAAGCACUUAAGAAGCGACCAGCACUUGCUAAGGCCAAAGAAGAGUUAUCACUGUACAUCAAGUUGUCUGGUGUGAUGGGUUUUACAUGGAUCCUGGCCUUCAUCUGUGAAUACGCCAACGUCCCAGAACUCUGGUACCUCUUCACUGCAGUCAACUCAUUGCAGGGUGUCUUCAUCCUCCUUGCUUUUGGAUACAGCAAGCGAAUCAUCACCUUGUGGAAGGUGAAACUGAGAAUGCAGAAGGAGCUCACCUCCAGUACUAGUGAUAAUAAUACAAAGAGCACCGGUACCGGUACCAUCCGGGCUGAGAAGUAG